AUGAUACAUGUUCGCGCGUCGUUUGUAGUUACUAGGAGGCGCUGCAACACGAGCAUCACCCGCGCCAAACCAACGGAUUGUGUAAACGCGCGCCACUCGCUCGCCGCUCCGUUGGCGUCGAGCGCGGGCGGAGGGGGGAGGAGACGGGAAGACGGGGGGCGCGGGGGGACAACGGGCGACACGGAGUACGGCGAGCGCGGGGGCGACCGGGGGGACCGACAGGCGGGAGGGCGGGGGAGGGGGUCACCUCACGCACACACAUACACACCGUCCCAUACCUCUCAUUACUAA